AUCCUACAAUUCUCAAAGAAAGCUAAUAAGAGAAAAAAAAAAAAUGAGUUCGUCCUCUAAUUCUAUUCUUCCUGGACCACCUAGCCGAAGCAACUUAUCAGCUGCCGACCUCAGCACCUCCGGCCUGCUCGCGUUUGCUUCGGGUCCUUGUGUCUCUCUUGUCGACUCACAGUCUCUGCAGCUCAUUUCAACCGUCUCCCUCCCUUCCCCUCUCUCAUCUGCAAGUCCUACAGUGACCUCUCUUCGGUGGGCUCCUCUUCCACUCCGUCGUCAGCGAGGUGAUCCCUUCUCCUCUCAACUCCUCAUUGCCGUGGGUGAUAACCUCGGCCGCAUCGCUCUUGUUGACUUUCGCGUCCCUUCUGUCCGCCUAUGGCUUGAACAAGACUCUGACGGAGGCGUGCAGGAUCUCUGUUGGGUAUUGGCUCUACCGGAAUCCUACAUCAUUGCUGCCAUCUCCGGUUCAUCUUCUCUCACGCUUUACACGGACUCCGGACACGUGUUCUGGAAACAUGACUCAUCUCCUGAGUUCAUAUCCUGCAUCCGCUGCGAUCCCUUCGACUCCACCCAUUUCUGCCUUCUCGGACUCAAAGGGUUUCUUCUUUCCGUUAAACUUUUUGGGAUCACUGAAAACGAUGUUACGUCCAAGGAGUUUCACAUCCAAACGGAUAGCACCGAUCUGCAGAAGCUAGAACGUGAAGCCCUUGUUAGUAGCAGCAGCAGUAGUCACUCUUCAACAGCCGUUUUCCCUUUUUAUUCUGCGAAAUUCUCUUUCUCACCACACUGGAAACACAUCAUCUUCCUCACCUUUCCUAGAGAGCUUGUCGUCUUUGAUUUACAAUACGACGCAACCCUCUACGUGGUUGCUUUACCUCGUGAGUACGCCAAGUUUGUAGAUGUUUUGCCUGACCCAAACCAAGAGUUUUUGUACUGCCUUCACUUUGAUUGCAGGCUCAGCAUUUGGCGACGACAAGAAGGGGAACAGGUCCAUGUCUUGUGUGGAAUCGAAGAGUUGAUACCAGCAAUUGGUAUUUCUGCACCGUUGCCCUCUCUUCUGUCUCUUCUAAUCUCCCAGUUGGACUCAACCCUCCAAAACAUUAGGAAGAUCCAUUCAGAUCCUGUUCUGGAUGCUUCAAUGGUCGAUGAUUCUUUUUAUUUCAGUGGAGAUGAUGAUGCUUUUCUUGGGUUCAAGACACAUUUUAUAUCUAUAUCUGAUGAUGGUAAAUUAUGGAGUUGGAUUUUGAGCGUCAAAAGAGAUAAAGACUCUUCUAAUCUUCAGAGUAAUGACAAGCCACUAAAGAGCUCAACUGAUACAUCUUUUGAGGUAUAUGUGGCCAAAUCAGAAAACAUCUCUACCUUUAUAGAUUGUUUCUAUUUACAGAAAAUCUCUUUGAUGCAGAUCUCUUUAGUUGGACAACUGCAGCUUCUCUCGUCAACAGUGACUAUUCUUGCGGUACCAACCCCUUCAAUGACAGCAACAUUGGCUCGUGGAGGGAACUCUCCUGCUGUAGUAGUACCUCUCGUAGCUUUGGGAACUGAAGCUGGCACAAUUGAUGUUGUUGAUGUGUCUGCAAACGCAGUAGCUGCAAGUUUCUCUGCACACACCAGCCGUAUCAGGGGUUUAAAUUGGCUAGGAAAUUCGAGACUCGUUUCAUUCUCUUGUAGUCGGGUGAGUACACGAACAGGUGGAUUUAUUAAUAGGCUCGCCAUCACAUGUCUUAGGAGUGGCGUUAGUAAAGGCUUUCGAGUUUUGCAAAAACCAGAGCGAGCUCCCAUAAGAGCUCUAAAGGUUUCAUCUUCUGGGAGGUAUCUUCUUAUUUUAUUCCGUGGUGAUCCGGUAGAAGUGUGGGCAAUGACUAAAAGUCCAGUGAUGAUUAGAUCACUAACUCUUCCAUUUACGGUUUUGGAAUGGACGCUCCCAACUAUUCCAAAUUCAGCUGAAAAGAGCCUCUCAAAACAGCCUUCUAUCUCUUCUAACCAAGAAACAAUUGUCUCUGGAACUCCAAAAGCAUCAGAUUUUAAAGUUGUUGGCACUGCUGAUGGACAACUCCAAGAUGAUACUUCAGAAAGUUUUGCAUUCGCACUAGUAAAUGGUGCACUUGGCGUUUUUGAAGUUUAUGGACGAAGGAUUCGAGAUUUCAGACCGAAAUGGCCGGAAGCUUCUUUCAAUACUUUUGAUGGGUUAAUUACGGCUAUGGCAUAUCGCGUGCCUCAUGUUGUCACAGGUGACAAGUUAGGAAACAUACGGUGGUGGGAUGUAACAUCCGGUAACUCUUCAUCGUUUAACACAUGCAAAGAAGGAAUAAAGAAGAUCAAAUUUUCACCCAUCUAUCAUGACAGUAUUAGCAGAGGACGGAUCUUUGUGCUAUUUUUUGACAACACCUUCUCCUUCUACGAUAUUGAUUCGCCGGAUCCAUUAGCCAUUUCCCUUAUAAGGCCUCAAAUACCUGGCUCCCUUAUACUUGAACUUGAUUGGUUGGCCCUGGGAACUAGCCGAUUUGACUCCCUUGUAUUGUGUGUUGUUGGAACUGAUGGUAGCUUCCGCCUGGUCGAGGUCCGCGUAAAUGAAAAAAUGAUAACCCAAAAAUCCCACACAAAACCUCCCAAGGAAAAAUAUCGUCCAGUACCUUUAUGCACUCCUAUGCUAUUGCCUGUAUCACAUGCCUUGGCAUUUCGGAUGAUCUUGCAACUGGGGGUAAAUCCAUCUUGGUUCAACACAUCUAGUCAAUGUAUUGGAAAACGAUCACAUUCUAUUCCGGAAAGAACUUCGUCUUCUAAAGAUCUUAGCAGUUCCAUGAUUGAUUUCCCACCAAUCGGAGACCCUGCCGUGAUAGAAAUAUUGCUUAAAGUACUAGAACCAUAUCGUUUAGAAGGCUGCCUACUAGAUGAUGAGAAAGCAAAACUGUACUCCAGACUAGUAAAUAAAGGUUAUACUGCAAGAUUUGCAUUCACGGCUGCCAUUUUUGGAGAAACUUCCGAGGCAUUUUUUUGGUUAAAACUGCCUUGUGCUAUGAACUAUGAAGCCAACAAAAUUAAAAGCAAGAUUUCCACGAAGCAUUUUGAAGAGGCAACUAUGCUAAAUAAAAUUACAUCAAAGGGACCCUCAGUUUCAGGAUUUGAGAAAAUUGGUUCUCUGGGUGAAGGCCAGCUAAAAUUAAUGGCUUUUGAACAAAAUGAAUUAUGGUUAUACGCUAGUGAACGAAUCCCGUGGCACGAGAAUCUAGGAGGGGAAGAGGCCAUUCAGAACCGAGUACACGAACUUGUAUCAGUUGGGAACUUGGAAGGUGCGGUCAGUUUGUUACUCUCCACUUCUCCAGAUAGCUCUUAUUUCUACCCCAAUGCACUGCGUGCUGUUGCUUUAUCUACUAGCGUGUCCAAAUCCCUCGUUGAGCUAGCGGUGAAGGUAGUUGCAGCCAAUAUGGUAAGACCAGACAGAUCACUUUCUGGAACUCAUCUUCUCUGCUCAGUUGGAAGAUACCAAGAAGCAUGCUCCCAGUUACAAGAUGCUGGUUGUUGGACGGAUUCUGCUACAUUGGCAGCUACGCAUUUAAAUGGAUCUGACUAUGCAAGAGUGUUGCAGAGGUGGGCAACACACGUCAUGCAAACUGAACAUGACAUUUGGAGGGGUGUGAUGCUAUAUAUAGCGAUAGGAGCAUUUGAGCAAGCUUUAGCAGCAUUUCGCAAAGCUGAGCAGCCCGAGACAGCAGCUAUUUUCAUUUUAGCUUGCCAGGAAACUCUAGCAAACAGUUGGAGCAUUGAUGAUGACAAUGCAGACGUGAUAGCAGUUACUAAAUGCUAUGAGUUGUAUCAGGAGAAGCUGGUGCAUAUAUGCAUGGAUUCACCAACUUUUCUUCACUAAGGUUGUAUGUAUACUGUUAUGUAAGAAUCAAAACCUCCAACGUCACAAUUUUUAUUUUAGUGUCAUCCUCAAGUAUACACAAACUAUAACAUGCAAAGUUCGUA